UCAAGGAAGCCCUCACACCCGGCAAAAUAAGAAAACAGUUUUGUCGUUUGUUCCACGUCAUCAAAAAUACCGUGUGCUAGGAACCCCUCGAAUCCAACAAAACCAUUGGUUGCCGCCACCACUUUUUGAUCUUUCAAUUCAUAUAAAAUCUUCUCAAACUCGAAGAGAGCGAUGCAAAAUAACAGUAGAGCUGCAAAGAUGUGCAGGUCAACAGAUUUUCAGGGUUCUUACUUCAACGAUCAAGAUCGUCUAAAAGUUAAAUCUUUCUUUGUUAGGUUAUCGAAUUUGCAUGGGAAGGAGCAGUUACCUGAAUCUCUCACUCUCGAUUAUCUCCCACGCAUCAACGAAACCGCUCUCGAAAUAUCGGGUAAAAGCGUCCGACCCGAUUCUCCGGCGUUCGUCACUCUCCAUCGGAAUGUAACUGCGAAAACGAGCAGCGGAGAGGCUAUUUACGGGAGCAGAGAACGGGUUGUGGCAAGUGAGGGAGUUACAUUCGAGGUUUAUUUGAGAGAAGAGAAGGUCUUGAAGGGAAUUUUUAGAAAAGAUGAUGAAGAAGAAUGGAAACUAGAGUGUAAAAGCGCGCUGGAGAGGAAGAUAAAUUCGGUGGAUCAUGACGUGGCGGUGGCGGUGGCUGAUGUCUGCGUGGGGCUUGAAGGAAACGUGGUGUUGAUUGAGAGGGUGGAGAUGGUGGUGAAGAGGAAGAGGAAUGGAAGAAGGUGCGGUAAGGGGUUGGAGUUGGCGGAGAUACCGGAGGAAAGAGGGGUUGAUAUUGAUGGGUAUGUAUCAGACGGGUGUCGUUGUUGUUGUUCUUGUGGAGAGGAAGAGAGUGAAUCGGACGGUGGAGAUUUAGAGGAAAUGAAUAUUGAAGGAGUAAGCUGGGCCGUUGAUGUUGGAAUAUGGGUCAUGUGCUUGGGGGUCGGCUACUUGGUUUCUAAAGCUUCUGUUAAGAGCUUAAGACGCACACGAAUUUUCUGA